AUGGCUCAUCAUGCGAAUGAAGAUGCACGUGGAUCACCAGGUAAUUUCACGAUGAUGCAAUAUUUCGAAUGGUAUUGCCCUUCAGGAGGUGUUCAUUGGAAGAAAUACGCAGAUGAUGUAGAACACCUAUCUGAUAUUGGUAUAACUGCAUGUUGGUUACCUCCUCCCACAAAAGGAUCCAGUCCUGAGGGAACUGGAUACGAUAUCUAUGAUUUGUACGAUUUAGGUGAAUUUGAUCAAAAAGGAAAUAAAGCUACUAAAUGGGGAUCAAAAGAAGAAUUGUUGGAGGCAAUCAAGAAAGCUAAAGAGAAUGGUAUAAUCAGUUAUAUAGAUGCUGUUUUAAAUCAUAAAGCAGGUGCAGAUGAAAAAGAAGAAUGUUUAGCUACCAUGGUAGAUGAGAAUGAUCGUACUAAAACAGUUGGGGAAAUGCACAAUAUCGAAGCGUGGACCAAAUUCACUUUCCCUGGAAGAGGCGAUAAACACUCACCUAUGAAAUGGAAUUACAAUCAUUUCACAGGUGUUGACUAUGACGCUAAAACUGAAACUACAGCUAUCUUCAAGAUCCAAGGAGAUGGUAAAGAUUGGGCUGAUGAUGUUGAUGAUGAGAAUGGAUCAUACGAUUACUUGAUGUUUGUAAUCGAUCACGCUCAUCCUGAAGUCGAAGCAGAUCUCUUUAAAUGGGGUGAUUGGGUGUUGAAGGAAACCGGAGCUUAUGGAUUCAGAUUUGAUGCUGUCAAACACAUUUCCAGAAAGUUCAUCGAAAAAUUCGUCAAACACAUCAGAGAGUCAGAAGGUGGUAAAGCCAAAGCUUUUUGUGUGGGUGAAUUCUGGCACGACUCUGUUGAUGCCCUUGUUGAAUACGUCGAGGGAUUGGGAACUCAAUUCUCUUGUUUCGACUCUUGUCUCCAAGACAACUUCCACAGCGCCGGCGAAGCAAGAGAGGGUUAUGAUCUUAGACAAAUAUUCGAUAACACCUUGCUGCAAAGGCGACCUGUGGAUGCUGUAACUCUUGUCGACAAUCACGAUACACAAGUCGGUCAAUCACUUCAAAGAUGGGUAUCAUCAGCUUUCAAGCCUUUAGCAUACGCCUUGAUCCUCUUGAGAGUCGAUGGAUACCCAUGUGUCUUCUACGGUGACUUGUACGGUACAGGAGGUGAUAAUCCUCAAAAACCAGUCAGUCAACUUGAAGAUAUCAUUCGCGCAAGAAAAUUAUUCGCCUAUGGUGAAUUGAGAGAUUAUUGGGAUCACCCCAACUGUGUAGCAUGGCUUAGAACAGGUGACGAAGAACAUGAUGGAUGUGUAGUAGUCAUUUGUAAUGGAAAAGAAGACGGUUCAAAGAAAAUCGAAGUUGGUAAAGAACACGCCGGGGAGAAAUGGACAGAUUGCAUGGGAUGGCAUCAAGGUGAAAUCACGAUUGACGAGGAGGGUUGGGCAGAGUUCUUCUCACCACCUGAAAGUAUCUCCAUUUGGACCAAGACCGAUGCUAGAGGUAGAGAAGAAUACAAGAAAGAUUAA